AAAUCCUACAUUUAGUUCAAUCGAGAUAGUCAUUCGGUAGUAUCGUGAAUUUUCCGUGCUUCGUGUGGCCCGUGUACUAAAUCCUAAAUUUAGAAAAAGUGGAAAAGAAUUUUUUUUUCGGUUAAUAAUACAAAAACAGAAUAAUUUUUCUCCAGCAUUUAACUUUUUUCCAAUUUAUGAAAUUGGCAUAACAAGUAAAACAGGCGCAAUUUGUCUCGUAUGAUUUGUUUUUAGGAUUGGUGUAAAAACGAAUGCGAAAAAUAUUUUCAUUUCGAAGGAGAAAAGACAGAAAAACUUCUACUUUUUGUGUGUAGUCAUAAUUUGUCAUUAGCGGAAACAUACUGCUGUGAAUAACAAAGUCGACCAAUUUUCGGAGAACUAACAUUUUCUGAUUAAAAAUAUACAAGGAGAUACAUGUACGAUAAGUCGAAGGACGUGUCGCCGAGCUUAGUUGGUUAAACGAUUUAGCAAUUCUUAAAUAAAUUCAACAAAUAAAUAAAGGGACGUUGAAAAUAAAAUUAAUCAAAAUUUUCGUCGCGUCGUGUUCGUUGUAUUAUGUAUGUGGAAUGGUUCAUAUUGUUGUGAAAAGAUUAUACGUGUGAGCUGAGCCUAGUUAUAUUUUUUUAUUCUUAAACAUAUUAAUGUGAUUUUUGGUAUAUGAAAAAGCGGCUUGCAAAGUAUGUGUACAGUGUCGAAAGUGUAAUGAACAGUGAUAAAUGCCUUUUAUGUAUAUUAUUUAGCGAAUACAAAAAGAAAAAGAAAAUAAAUUUUAAAUAAAUCUCUAACACGUGAACAGAGAGAAAAAAAAAAGAAAAAGAAAAACCGCUUUCCGUAACACUGUGUAUUUGCGAGGCCCAACCAAAAGCAAUUUGAUUUGUUUUAUAGAUUGGAAGACAACGUUUCUAAUCCGUGUUCGUUUAUUUCCGCUCUCUUGAAACAGACGUUUUGUACAUUUCUUAUCGUCACAUUCGUAUCGUUAACUCAAAUGAAACUGGCAUGUGUAACCGUAAAUUUGCCGACACCGAUCACAUCCGACCAUUGAAAAGAAAUCGAACAGCAUUUAACUUAAUCACACGCACAACGUUCAUUGCUGGCUCAUUCUGGCAACGUCACCAUCAGAGUCCUCUGACAAUACCACCGAGAAAAAAGCGCUUCUAUUGCACUGCUGUUGUGUGAUAGUGAAAAUUGCCACCGUCACUCCAUCGGGUCGUUUACACGUUUCAACAACGACUUCUAAAGAUGCCACACUUAACAACAGUGGCUUCGGCAUCGGAGGUGCAAUUGUACGAGAUGGGGUAACCAGAAAUAAGCCUGUAUGCAUGUGUAAUCCACAGUGUCAGAUACAGGCUUUAAAACAAUCCUCAUUGGAAUCUGCUCUCACAAAGCAUGGCUCAUUAGACCAGCUACUUCAGCCAAGCGAUGCCCCAAAACCCCUCAAGGCCGAGAAAGGCUAUCGGCUCGAGACGACUUAUCAUCAAAUCAAUGGUCAAAAUCUCGAAAUCACGCGCAAAGUACCAAUAACUACUGAGAAGGAUUUUGUUGUCGCGAAAGCUAAUAAACCGUCUAUUGAUGUGAAUGCGGCUCGCAAAAAGAGUUUGCCGAAACAGCAUUCUCAGCCGCAGUUGCCAAUACGAACAUCAGAUUUGAUUGAAUUACUUAAUACUCAUGCAGGUCUUAAUAUAUCAAAUGUAUCAAAUGAAAAGCCUCAACCUCCACCACGUGUAUCAUCUCGUCAAAAAUCGACAGCAUCUGAUCUAAGUCAACAAACAAUUCAAAGAUCCGUGAAACAGCAUUUUCAACAGCCAAUUCAAAAACAACUGUCUCAGCCGAAUGGCGAGACAUCUAGCGAACACUUUGAUCGAACGCAACAUCAAAGACUUUCAUCACGAUCUGCUGGAGCAGCAUCAUCCAGUCAUCACGACGAGUUUAGCGAAAAUAGAAACUCAGUCUUGCAUCAGAGACAUUCGUCUGGUCCGAGCGAUCUAGGAUUACAUCAAACGGAUAUAUCAGAAUGGUUGCUGAAAUUGCCGCAUAAACGUAAUUCUGCAGUCGAAACAAAAGCUCAGCAAUCAGGAAGUAAAGGCAAUGUAAAGGAGUUAUCCGAUAAAAAGGAAGAACUGUUAGCAAAAUCGUUAAAGGACGAAUUAGCCGAAUUUCUCAAACGACCAUUGAAGCGUCAAAGUUCUGGACCAACUGAGCUAUCGACGUUCAAAAAUGAUAUUUUUGAUUGGUUAAGAUCACAGAACAUUCCGAAGAAAUUGCCUUCACUUUCGAAGGAUGAACCUACGUGCCGGCCAACGCAAGUCGUCGAUGCUCCUCCUGUACCACUUCCCCGUAAAAGACAUUCGUUAGGUCACAACGGAAAUGUGAAGGAUGACCCAUCAGAUUGGAAUCAUAGCUUGCAAUAUCACGAAAAGUCUUUGCAAUCUCAAAACAGUUGUUUAGACAUAUCAAAAGACUUGCGUGAACAACCUGUAGAGAGAUUAAGGCCAGACCGACAACUUAGACAUUCAGCCAGUGAGGUAGUGUCCUCAACGGCUGAGAAAAUUAUAACAAAAUUAGAUAAAGUCAGCAGUAAGCCUAAAAGCGUAAAGCCACCAAAGGAGAAGUAUCAAUACAUUUACAAAACCCUAACAACAAAUGGUGAACAUCCCGAAAAUGUUCUAGUCAAAGAAGAGCACCGACCAAGGCAUCGACAAACACAACGUUCCGCUACUGUUACAGAUAUGUCGACAGUCAAUGUUAAACAUAAACAACGUAAAUCGUCUUCGGCUGAACGCACAUCCAAAAGUUCAUCGCUGCCACGAUGUACAGAUCCAAUGUGCCCCCUCCUUCCCAUUUGCACUGACGCCAACUGUUGUGCGUAUGAAUGCUGCAAUACAUCCAGAUCUUUCGAAAGAACCAAUAUCUGCUCAGAACAACCGAUUUGUCAAGAGUCUCGAUGCACUGAUGUAUGCUACAAAUAUCGUUGCAAUUCUCUUCCUCGAUGCAUGGACUCGAAAUGCCUAUGCAAACCAGUUAACUACCAACCGAACAUUAUCAAGCACAACUCACUGCCACGAUGUGUUUAUUCGCAUCGAUCAUCCAGUUUGUCUAGAAAUAAUUCUCGGGGUUCGUUGCCACGAUUAUCAUCCAAAUCAAAAUCGCAUAAACAUUUGACUAACGGAAAACUGAUAAAGUCAGCAUCGGCAGCAUCGUUAAGUUCACGACGUCGCCGCAAUAAAACCGUUCAUUUCGGUGAAAAUCUACUGCGUGAAGUUUGUCAAAAUCGAAAAUUCAUUGAACCAUUGGAACAAAAAAUUCCGUCCGGAUCAGCUCCUCUGAAAGCGAAUAUUCAGAUGUUAUAUAAUUUUGUUGAUGGCAUAUUAAGUUCAUUGUUGGACGAGGAUGAAGAUAUGCUUUAUUUGGGUGCCGAAUCGGAGCCAGAACGCGGGGCAUUGAUGAUGCGACCGAUUCAUCGAUGCAAUCGCCUGCGAUUGCAAACAAUUCGAAGAGUUGUUACAGAAGCUGCUCAAUUGAGGGGCACGUUAAAAUUGGGAAACUCAAGAUAUAGACAUCGACAUUGGAGAGGUACAGCUAAAGAAUGUAAUGAGAGGUUCCUGAAAAAGAUAUCCGACGAUGAUCGCAUGAGCCUAACUACUGCUGUGUCUGAUGAAGAAGAUGGAGAAAGUGUCACCAUGGCGUCACCAUAUAAAGCAAAGACUACAGGAACGGCAGCUGCUUCUUUCAAUUGUACUGGUGCUGUAAGAAAAGCUGGAUUUUUGUCCGUUAAAAAAUGGCUACUGCGUAAAAAGCAUCAAAUAGAGCUAGCACGCAAACGAGGCUGGAAGGGCUAUUGGGUAUGCCUAAAAGGAACAACACUUCUAUUUUAUCCAUGUGAUUCACGCGAAGGCAGACAGGUGGAAUCUGCCCCAAAACAUUUAAUUAUCGUCGAUGGCGCAAUUAUGCAAUCUAUACCGGAACAUCCGAAACGUGAUUACAUAUUUUGCUUGAGCACAGCAUUCGGAGAUGCAUAUCUAUUUCAAGCACCGUGUCAGGUUGAGCUGGAAAACUGGGUAAAUAGCAUUCACAGUGCAUGUGCUGCAGCAUUUGCACGUCAUCGAGGCAAAACAGGAACACUUCAUUUACUUCAGGAAGAAAUCUAUCGAUUGGAAAAAGCUAUUGAAUCGGAUCAUAAACUGAAGCACAUGGCUGAAUUACAACAAAGCGUCGUUACCGACCAGGACACCAGGCAUCAAAUCCAAACGCAAAUUUUACAAUGGGAAGAGAAUUUGGAACGACUGCAUUGCGAACAAUUCCGUUUACGCUGUUAUAUGGCUUCACUGCAGAUUGGUGAAUUGCCAAAUCCGAAGUCACUUUUAACGCACUUCUCUAGACCUACCAAGAACACAUUAAAUAAAUUGGGUGUUUUUACGGUAUCAUCCUUCCAUGCCUUUAUUUGCGCUCGGUCACCGUCGCUAUUAAAUAAUUUAUUGGCUGGUCGUGGGGCAACGAAACGACGCCCACCAUUGCUAUCUCGGUCGAAUAGUGGUUCCAGCCGUCGCUCUAUGCAGAUGAAUUCACGUGAUGAUCCUGAUAAAACUUACAAAGUUCCGCUGCCUGAUAAUACAUCAUCCACUGUAUAUUUACGAGAUGCAAUGUCGGUCGAAGAAUUUUUGGCCAGCGCUUGCGUUCGAAAGAAUUUGAAUCCAAUGGAGCAUUUUGUACGUGUUAAGAAACGACGUGAGAUGGAAGAUAGCAACUACUUUGUGCCACAUCGAAAUGACUUGAUAGACACAUAUCUUCACACCCACGAAAUGGUUGAAGUGUGUGCGAAAAUUUUGUACCAGGUCGAAUUGUCGCGCAACAAUUUGGAACAAAUGUGGGGCUUUUCCGUUGAAGCUGAACUUAUCGAAAAUGCGGAUCGUCAGGACGAGCUAUGCUGUUAUGUCAGUCGUGUCGAAGACAAAAGUGUUGCUAUGCAAAACGACGAUGAUCCGGAUGCACCAAACGCUGGCACACAUUGUGCUGAUUUCCAAGGCAUUAUAAAAGGAGACGAAAUAAUGGUUAUUAAUGGAGCAAUCGUGUCAGACUUAGAUAUGAUGUAUCUGGAGAGUGUUCUACAAGAGGAACAAGCAUUGUGUAUGAUGAUGAGAUCAUCACGAACCGAACCGCCUGAACUGCAAAAGCCAAGUCGUGUUACUGACGAUAUGAUCGAUUCGUUAGUUUGUCCACCGCCACCAUCAGAUCCGCCAGUUAUGAGCGAGGAAAUGAUAUCCGGACUGAUCGUUCCGGCACCGGGUUGGACUAAAGACAUAAUGUAUUCACCAGACGUGGAAAGUUCUCCGGCACCAUCUUCAUCAGCUGAACCACACAUGAUGUCGUUAGGGAAUAAACAAACAUCUCGAACGAGCAGUUUCGAAAUUGAGAAUUUAUUGAAAACUGCCGAACAAGUCACCGGUUUUUGUCGAUCUCCACAAGAGACGAGGAAGUCAAGUCCAACUGGGUCGGUUGCAUCAUCUAUGUCGAAUACAAUGCUUACACCAUCCAGGCAACUCACCGAUGCGGAAAAAUUACGGAAAGUCAUUUUGGAGUUGGUCGACACCGAACGGGCAUACGUUAAGCAUCUCAACAACCUCUUAGAACACUAUCUGGAGCCAUUGAAAAGGGAAACCUUUUUAUCGAAUGCGGAAAUUACAGCGCUGUUCGGUAACAUACAGGAAAUCGUAACCUUCCAACGUCAGUUCCUUCAAAAUUUAGAUGAAGCACUGGAGUUGGAACCAGACUUUCACAAGUUCGAUCAUUCCAGUCAAUUUAAGAACGUUCUGUUUUCGUUGGGAUCAGCAUUCCUGUAUUAUGUCAACCAUUUCAAAUUGUAUUCGUCAUUUUGCGCAAGUCACAGUAAAGCUCAAAAGGUGCUUCAUCCGAAUGAAGGAAAUCAAGCUCUGCAAGAAUUUCUGGUGUCAAGGAAUCCUAAACAACAACACAGCAGCACUCUGGAAUCGUAUCUCAUAAAACCAAUUCAACGGAUUCUCAAAUAUCCACUGCUUUUGCAACAAUUGAGAAAUUUGACUGAUCCUCGGUGUGAGGAACACUUACAUUUAGUUGAGGCCUUGAAGGGAAUGGAAAAAGUGGCUGAGCAUAUAAAUGAAAUGCAACGAAUUCACGAAGAAUAUGGCGCUAUAUUUGAUCACUUAUUCCGACAACAUCAAAAGGCUUGCAAGCAACCCAUAGACCUUAGUCCAGGUAUGUCCUCAGGUGACCUUUUGUAUUAUGGGGGCGUCGAGUGGCUUAAUAUAUCCGAUUUUUUGGGAAAAAUAAAAAAGGGUUUAGAGUUACAUGCCAUGUGCUUUGUGUUUAAAUCAGCGGUUGUGUUUUUGUGCAAGGAACGAUUGCGACAAAAGAAAAAGUUAAUGGGUGUUUCAAGUAAAAACACACAGAACGAAGUGGAAAUCAUUCGAUACCAAGUAUUAAUUCCGGUUACCGAAGUUCAAGUUCGUACAUCGUCCGCCAAGGACAUGGAUUCACAUUUCCUGUGGGAGUUGAUUCACUUGAGAUCCCAAUUGCAACGUCGAUCCGAAAAAGUGUAUGUACUGUCGAAUAGUACAGCUGAUUUCCGAAAUGCAUUCCUGAAGACGAUACGACAAAUUAUCCGCGAAAGUGUACGAAAUAUGUCAAUACCGAUGAAAGGACUGGACAACAUGAGUACAUUGGCUGAUAUGUUGCCACACCAUCGUGGUCAAUCGUGUAACUCGCAAACUCUGGAACGCCCGAAACAACAAAUUAUGAUAAUGCAAGGAUCACAGACAUUAGGAAAAACUAAAAAAUCCAAGACGGCUCAACGACAUUCAGCUGGCAACAUUGAUUAUGACAAUUUGCCAGGCUCUCAGGAAUCCGAUGAUAUCCCAUCGCAAACUCAACAUACCUUUAGAAGUAGAAGCAAAACUGUUGGUGAUGAACCUCCACCACCUCCGAAAAGACAUUAUCCUAGCGAAACUGAAAAAGAUCCAGGUGUUAAAUCCGAAGGUGAAGAUGAUUCACAAGCUGGAACGUCAACUUUAAAAAGAUCAUUAGGACGGACACCGAAUCACUUAACUUUAAGCACAACAUCAACGCUCAGCGUGGGUAGCACCGGCAGCCAAGCUCGACUAAUUCAAUCAUCACAUCCACCAUCUCAUUAUCAACCGGUACUUAUGAAAGAUUUAGGGUCCCCAGUGUGGAAACCACGUGACCCGAUUAGUUUAGGAGAUGCACAGUCGACAACACGCAAAGAUGAAUCAAAGUAAAUGCUCCUCAUUUCACUCACUUUAUAUUUUUCACUUAUUUUUCAAUAAAAAAGAAGACAAUGCUGUCACUACAUUUAUGAAAUUCGUAAUUUGUAAUAAUAAUUUUUUUUAAAAAGAAAAAAAUAUGAAAGAAUAAAACGAAUUAAUUUUUAAAUAAAAUCGUAAGGAAAAUAAAAACUACUUUACAGAAGAAAAAAAUGAGAAAAGAAAAUCCUGUAGCAGAGGAUCGUUUAAAAUGACUGAUUAUUCUAUCGUGUGAUCCACAAAACUUUUUUUUUUAUAAUAUCAAUACCAAAGAAUAUGUUGAAAAAAAUAAAAAUAAAUAAAAAAUAUUGAAUCAAUAUUGUCAAACAUCAAAUUUAAUAUUUAAAGAAAAUAGGACUCAGAAUUUUAACUCGACAGUGCUUCGUGAAAGAAAAAACAUUUUUGAAUUUUGAAAAUAAACUUUUUUUUUCGGUAAAAUAAAAAAUUGUGUCCGGAAAGUCUAAAUAACUUUUUCUAAAACAAUUUUUCUACUGCGAAACGAAAUAACACAAUCGUGAAUCGUUUGUCGACCUGUCGAAUCAAGAUCCUACUAUUUAGAUUCCUGAAACUGGUUAAAUUUCGACUGGUUAAUUCUGUUACAUUUUUCUCUUCGCUUGUUUCUUUUUCGUUCGUCGUCCAUUGAUUAUCUAUUAACUAAACUGAUUUCGUUAAACACAUUCAAAAUGAUAUUAAAUCAAUGACGUUCAUUUACCAGAGAUCAUAUUAAAUUUCAUUAUUGUAACACGGUCAUGCAUAAUCAAAUAAACAAAAGUAUUAAAGUGAAAUAAAAAGAAACGAAAAGAAAAUUACCAACCCCUCCCAAACAAAAGCAAAAACAAAUUAAAAGAAAAAGAAAAUCUCUAAUUAUUAAUAUGAUAUCUGAGUAGUGGGCACUCACCAAGUUUAAUGUACAUUUUGAAUGAUUUUCCACGCCGACAUAAAAUCAAAUAGAAUGCCAAUCAGAAAGAUAUUUUCUUUUACAACACUAAAAUGUCACAAACUGGCUCAACAUCCAGCACAAUAUAAUAAUAAUGCUCGUUUAUAUAUUGGAUGUUAUGAAACCGUUGAAAUUUGAACACGAUGUGAUCUGUAUUCGUUUGAAUACAUAAAGUGGCCAUACGAACAAAAGCCAUUUCCCGUGCAUUUAUCCAAUUAUACUCCAUUAUGUCGGAAUGGAAAAUCCAUCAGAAUUGUAUGUUUGAAAAAUUCGUAUUAACCAACCACACAAGUAAUUAAAAGUUAAAUAUUGAAAUUGCUGUAUCGUCGUAGAUAUAAUACUAAAUAAAUGAAUAUAUAAAGAGGAAAAAAAAUUUAAAAAAAAAGAGGAAAAUAGGAAAAUUAUAAUAGACAGCAAAGGAACAUAUACCUAGAUAUAAUUUAAAAAAGGAAAAAGAAGAAAAAAUCUAAUUAGAAGAGAUAUUAUUGAAAUUGUACUUACUACUAUUAAGUAAAUUACUUAAUUGUAUCUAAGUAAAAAGAAGAAAAGAAAUUAAACAAAAAAAAAAUAAAUAAAUUUUUAAAUUAAUUAUGGAAACGAAAUAGAAACUAUAUAUAUAAACUAAGAUAAAAUCGUAAAAUUGUUUUAAAUGACACACAAAAAAAAUGAAAAAAUAAAUAAAAGUAAAAUUUAAUUACAAACCAAAAAAAAAACGUAAAAUCUUUUAUAAACAUAGAACACAUUUUAAGAAGAAAAAAGGAUUUGAUAUUUCAGCAGUCUGUAGAAGAAUUCUCGUCAGUUUCCCCGACAUUAUAUAUAUUUAAAAAAAAAGACGUUAAGAGGUGUAAACGCUCGUGAUUUAUUCAAAAUUCAACUCAGACCGAAAAAUAUGUGAGAUUCAUAAUUUCAUUGCAUUUUGCACUACUAAUUACUUUUCCUUCCAUUCUUCCAGUCACAAAUUGACAGUAAAAUGUCCAGUUUUUUUAUUGUUUCAAAACAAAAAUUCAUUACAAACGAAGUUCGUUUGUUUAUCCACCAAACAAUGCAUGAACCACGAGUUAUUAAAAAAAAAGUUUUGUAAAAUGACUGGAACAAUUAAGUGGUUAUUGCUUUGGACAUGGUCAGUAACUGUUUUUUAAUUGAAGUUAAACAAAAAAGUUUCUAGUUUUUUUUCCCAAAAACGAAACCAACAAAAUACUCCGAAGCCUUGUCAACCAUUCAACACAUUUCAAGGUUCAUUUUUGUAGUUAUUGUCGAUAAAACAAGACAAUGACCGAUUAAUAACAGAAAUCAUUGGGAGCAUACAUCCACGAAUUUAUUCCACAUUCGAUCUCACUAAUCCAAUAUUCCUUUUGUAGCCGCGUUCUUGUUCUCGUUUCUCUAAGGAAAAGCAGGAACGUUUUGAUUUGAAAUAUUGGCAUUAAUUAGAAUAUAAAUUCUUCGGCCUCUGAUUAAACUUUUGUGUAAGAAGAUGAAGGUGAAAGUUAUAUACACAACACACUGAGUGGCCAAACAGAUUAAUUCGAUUCAAUUUUAUUUCCGAAAAAGUUGUAACUUUAAAAGAAAAUUAAAAAUCUGACAAAAAAGAAAAUAGACUGAAGAUUUUGUUAAGUGCCAAACUAACUUUUCCGGGUCAUAAUUACAAGAAAUGAAUUAAAAAUGAACAUCCAUAAAAAAUGAAUCGUUUUUAUAAAAAAAAAGUUUAAAAAUAAAAUGAAUGUGAAAUGUGUGCUGGCAGAUUCUUAGAAAAAUUUAAACAGAAAGGAAAAACAAAAUAUUUAAAAAUGAUACCCGGUUUCUGCGAAUCCUUAUGCACAUAAUAUUGUUAUCACUUUUAUAGUAAUAUAAUUAAAGACAACAUAAAAAUGGAAGAGAUAAUAUUGAUGAUAAUAGGAGUAUUAUAUGAGUAAUGCGAGAAGUAAACGUUUGCGAAUUCAAAUCGAAAGUAAAAAAUAAAUAAAUUUAUAAUUAAUAGACCCGUGAACGGAAACAUGAUCAUCAUUUGUUUUAAUUAUUAUAAAUUAUUUUUGUGAGGAUGUAUAAAGGAAGAUUGUGCGGUUUUUCCCAUCAAGCACAAAAUAUAAAUGUUAAAAAAAGCGCAUAUUUCAUAAAUCUACCACGCCUCCGUUGUCCACAGAACGUGGAUUAUAUAUGAAUAUUUUUACCCUUACAAACGCCAAGCGUAUCGCAACAAAUUCGUAAUAAUCUGGUACUUCAUUUGUGCAAAGUAUCUCUUUCUGUUUGAUACAUAAUCUGCCACUUCAAUAUUUUUAUCUUACAUUUCAUCAUAUAAGAGAUCACGAACUCGUCAUUUACUCUUGUGACAAAAGUCUUGUCGAUAGCAGAUGAUUAGGCGAUUCUAUAAAUUCAAGUUAUCUUCCGAGGUUAUAGAAAAAUAUUUUAUUCCCUGAAGUAUGAAAACCAUCCUCACAAAAACGUUUAUAAAUAAGCCCGAUUCUCUGUGACUAGUAAAAAUGAUUUCGUAGCUAAAAGUGAUGAAUAUCGGUAAUCGGAAAAUAUAAAUUUUAAUGGAAAAAGCGGUGUAAUUGUGUUAUAAUAAUGUUAUCAUUUUGUUUUUAAAAAAAAUUGUUCUGGAUACAGAUACUUGACCAUAACGAGUAUGUUUAUUAAGCAGAGAUAUUUAUUUGUUAAAAAUGAAUAAUUAAAACAAUCAAUAGAAAAUGUAAAAAACAAAAUGAAAAAUAUAUUUCCAAAAUUUAAAAACUUAAGGCAAUACUCGACGAGUAUUGUCACCGAUCAUUUGUCUGAAAUGAAAUUGUAAAAUAUAUUUAUCUUCCAAAGUAAUAAUUCCUUAUUUUAUAUAAGUUUUCAACUGAAUUUAAAAAUAAAGAAGAA